AUGGUUCACCACGCGACUUCGAAGUCAUCCUCAACGCGCUCGAGCCCGUUUCGCACUGAAGAGGAGCGACGCCACAUCCUCUCCAAGCUUCCGCAAGAUGCGAAGAUCCUCGCGAUUGCCCCGGCAAGACUCUAUCAAGCCCCGUUCGGCGCGCGAGAAGACGGCUGGGCGUACACCGGCCUCAAAGGCAUGCUAGUCUUCGGCCGCGAUCGCGUCGUCAUGCACGGGGACAAGCCGUUGGGCUCAGGUCCGGGGACGAGCUUCGACCGGCGGUACUGGUUGAGGCUCGUCGACACCGAGCCCGGGAAGGGUGUGGUAUGGAUGCAUCUCAUCCCGACGGACUUCCAGUACCGCCUCGACAAGCCCUUCUUCCACGUCUUCCAAGGAAAGAGCAGGAUGUUCGGCAUCCGCUUCGACGAAGACGGACACGCGGACCGAUUCUACAAGAAAAUGAGCGACCAUUGCACGCUUCAUGCAGUGCUCCCGCCUCGCAAGAUCUCCAAAGCCCCCUCCCGCUCCGUCCCUCGCAACACGAGUGGCACGACAAGCUCUAGCAACGCGCACCGCGUACGCCGCUCAAUGAUUUCUGGCCCCGUGCCAGGUACGUUCGACCACGUUGCGCACGCUGGCUUCACCGACGGACGAUUGGAAGCGUCGGGGAAAGUGGAGCCGGAGUGGAAGAUCAUGGUCGAGCAGAUGCAGCGGCACGGCAUCUCGCUGGACGGCCUACAGAAGCACCGCGUGGACGGGAAGAUGCUCGUGAAGAACAAGGACUUCGUCGAGGGCUUCCUGCAGGGCGCGCAGGCGGUCAAGCGCGAGAACUCUAAGAGUGCGUAG